AUGUCCAAUAUGAUUUCCUCGACUUUUGCCCCCAGUCUUUCGCGCCGGGACACCAAAUCCAGCAUCAGUCAUGACCCAUCGGUGGGGUCCAUGCCACCCCCGUUAACGAGUGGUAGCGGAUCACUUGGGCCUCAAAGCGCAGCAGCAAUCUAUCAGCACAUCCACGAUAUGGCCGCUAAGCGGAUCUCUACACUGGGUUAUCUGCGGAAAGCGCACGAAGGUCGCAUCUACUGGUUCAAUACUGUUCACUUUUCCCGAACCGAUAUCAGUCGACUGCCAUACUUUGAGCCUCGUAAACUCGCCCGUCGCGCCAUCAAUUACCUUCUUUUGGGCCUCUCCCUGCCUCCGAUUCUGGAUGUCAGCACAACACCCGUGGAAUUCCUUCGCGCACUCAACACCCUUUUAAUUGAAUUCGAGGCUUUUCAGCAAGUGCAUCCUCCCGACGGCACCUCCUCCUCCACCCUCACUCGCGCCCGUAUCCCUCAGAUGUUCAAGCGCGCCGCUCACGCCGGCACGAAAGCGCGCCGUACCAGCUCGGCCACAGAAAUCGGCCUACCGAUACAAUCCAGUGACCCGUCAGAUUUGAAGUCAAUGGCGAGUAACUCAGCCAGCGCGGCGGCAGCGACCGUCUCGUUUCCGCAUACGGAGGCCUCGGAGCUCCUCCCCGGUGAAGAAUACACAUAUCUUCUGACGCCAUUAUUGCCAUUUGAACCGGACUAUUUCGAAACCUUUGUUACCCUGUGUGAUAUCCUCAUUGAUUGUUACACCCGAUUGGUCUCGCUAGUCUUCACACCUUCAGUAUGUACUGUCGCAUUGGGGGAAAUGUUUUCCAAGGCGGAUGCCAAGAUAAGGAAGAUUAUGGUGGCGGGGAUCAUACGCGAAUUUGAGGAUGCCAGCCGUCACCAGGCCAAGAGUGAACUCAAUAGCGUUGGUCGCGUGGUUUUGGGCGGGUUGAUGGGCUGA